GGUCACGUGCUCCUCGCCCCGGUUAGCUUGACGCAGCGGGGGAGUCCAAUGGAAACCUUCGUCGCGACCCGGAGGAGACAAUCGAGUGCGUUUUAGCUGUAAAAACCGGAGCCGGUACUCUUCCGUGGGCUCGGACACGACGUCCGCUCCCAACCGUCCGCGCGCGCGCUUCCAGCCGUUGGGUUUCUGAAGCCGCAGGCCGGCCGUUAACGGCUCCUCCGCCGGGCCUUGUUUAUAUUGUGCUGCUCGAAGCGGAGAAACAGGCCCCGACGGUGCUGCUCGAGCUCACGGGGACGGCUCGGUUCUGGAGCGUGUUGCGCGCGCAUCGGACCUUUAGCUCACCAAAGAAUAUGACCCAGAUGCAACAAUGACGUCCAGAUUUGGUAAAACCUACAGCCGCAAGGGAGGAGAGGGCACGUCCAAGUUUGACGAGGUGCUGUCCACCAAGAGAGGCACCCUGAGCACCAAAUGGGGCGACACCACCUACAAGGCCAAGGUGGGCGCCAAGCGUGUCGGCGCGCCCAAGAACGACUCUGUCCUGGAGGUCUACAAGAGACCCCGUCCGUGUGGAGCCGGCUUGGAGGAUCCGUUCGGAUUCGACAGCGACGAGGAAUCCAAGCCGGUUUCGUCUCGCAGCGGAAACAAGUCGUCGCCCGCCAAGCCGAGCUCCGCGGAGCCCCCGCGGGCAGAGAGACCGGGGCUCUCUCUGGACACGGGGAGCAGGUCCAGCCUCCAGGGGGGGUCCCACGCUCUGGGGUCGGCCCGGGGGGCGUCAUGGCUGGCCAACGACAGGAGCCAGCCCGGGCUGGUGGAGGACACCGCUCGGUUCUUCAACAGCAGCAGUGCCAGCAAAGCAAAGCCCCCGCAGACGCCCUCGUCGUCGGAGAAGCAGAACAUCUACUCGUGGUACCAAAACGCUUCUGAGAGCGACAAGAAGCCGCUGGCGCAGACCACCACCCUGAAGACCACCACCCUGAAGACCGGGUCCAAGGCGGAGUCCACCUACGACUCCUGGGACGCCAUCAUGGGUCUCCGCCUGCCCUCGCCCAGCCAGCAGCCUCGCAACCCCGCCCCCACGCUGUCUUGGGCCACGGCGGGCAUCACCGUGGGCUCUGAGCCGAGGCAGACCCGGCGUGAGAAGUCCCCCUCCCCCCCACGGCCCCAGAGCCCCAGUGAGAGCGAGGACCUCGGGGGCGACUCCGACUUCCUCGUGGAGACGUCCGACUCCUCCCAGACCUCCUCCAACCCGUCGCUCGUCAGAAACUCGAACUGUCGGACGUACCGGAGGCCCACCAAACGGGGCUCCGGCAAAGCCUCGGACCCCGGUGCCGGUCUCCCCAAACCCCCGUCCGACGGCAAGGCCACGGGCGGGGGGCGGGGCCGGGGCAGGACGAGGGACUUCACGGUGCUGCACCCCUCUUCCGUGUCCAUGUGCAACGUCACCAUCCAGGAGCGUGGCGUGGAGGAGUUCAACGCCGAGGCGGCGCCCUCUAGUGGCAGCAGUGGAGCCGCCGGCUCCGGCAGCACCACGGAGCUGGAAGAGGCGGGAUGGCAGCGGAAGAAGAUGGAACAACAAAACACAAGGUGUAAACCCACCCAGACCAAGUCCAAGAAGGACAGCAAGCCGGACCUGUUUGGCUUCGAGGAUGCAGACGCCCACCUGGAGGAGACCGGCGGCGACAACGCAGACGGACCGUCCAGUUACAAGAUCCAGUACUUCGGCUUCGACGACAUGAGCGACAGCGACGGCGAGGAGGAGGACGACGAGGAGGAGGAGGGGGCUAAAGAGAGGAGGCGGGCCAAGAAGGCCGCCGCCGCCGAGAGAGAGAGGACCCCGGUGGUCACCGCGGAGGAAGCCCUGACGGAGGAACCGCCCGAUCCCUUUGAAACCCUGGAGAGGCUGGAGAGGCUGGAGAGGCUGGAGAGGCUGGAGAUGCUGGACCGACCGGCAGCCAAGGAGAACAAGAAGAACUCCGAAAGCAGGAUCCGAGCAGACGUGCUGGACUUCUCCGAGGACGGCCUCAGGGUGUUGGCCAGGGCUCCCAGGAGGCCGUCUCAGGGCAAAGCCACCGAGAAGAACCCGGACACCUUCCGGAGGAUCUUCAGCGCCCACAAGAAGUCUCCCACCAAAGCUGUGUACAACGCCAGACACUGGACGUUGGAGAGGGAAGAGGAGACUCCUCCCACUUUCUUGGGCCGAUCACACGCCCCCGCGCCCGUCUCGGCGGGGGGGUCGAGGAAGGAGCCCUCCGACGCCCAGAAGGACGACGGCGUCUUCAAGGCUCCUCCCCCUCCUCCCAAGGUCACCAAGUUCGUCACCCUGCCCACGGACCUGUACCAGGACACCAUCACGGCUCUCAAGUGCCGCAAAGAGCACAAGGAGCUGUACACCGUCGUCCAGCACGUGAAGCACUUCAACGACGUGGUGGAGUUUGGAGAGAACCAGGAGUUCACCGACGACUUUGAGUACCUGGCCACCGGUCUGAAGAGCGGCCAGCCUCUGAACACGCGCUGCCUCAGUGUGAUCAGCCUGGCGACGCGCUGUGCGAUGCCCAGCUUCAGGAUGCACCUCCGGGCCAGAGGGAAGGUGACGCAGGUCUUCAAAACACUCAACGACGCCCCGCAGCACCCGAACCUGGCUCUGUGCACGGCGUCUCUGAUGUACAUCCUGAGUAGAGACCGGCUGAACAUGGACCUGGACCGGUCGUGUCUGGACCUGAUGAUCCGGCUGCUGGAGAUGGACCUGGACCAGGACCAAGGUGGCGGAGCCGGCACGGGGCCGGAGACCGAGGCGGACCCCAGCACUCAGUUCAGCGCCAGGGAGAUCGCCAAGAUGAAGGAGAAGAUCAGGAAGCUCUGCGACACGGUGCACAACAAGCACCUGGACCUGCAGAACAUAACGGCGGGUCACCUGGCCAUGGAGACGCUGCUGUCCCUGACCUCAAAGAGGGCAGGAGACUGGUUCAAAGAGGAGCUGAGGCUGCUGGGGGGACUGGACCACAUCGUAGAUAAAGUGAGGGAGUGCGUGGACAACCUGAACCAGGAGGGCGAGAAGGAGAAGAUGGUGUCGUCUCUGUGGGGCGCCGAGAGGUGCUUACGGGUGCUGGAGAGUGUGACGGUCCACAACCCGGAGAACCAGGGCUACCUGAUCGCCUACAAAGACUCCUCACUCAUCAACUCCUCUGCCAAGGUGUUGAGGAGGUGUGAGGAGAUGAUCCAGAGGUACAGCAGGGAGCUGAACGCCGACGGGGCCGUGGGCAAAGCGGUGGAGGACUGCAUGAGGGCCAUCAUCGGGGUCCUGCUCAACCUGACCCACGACAACGAGUGGGGCAGCACGAAGACCGGGGAGCAGGAGGAUCUCAUCAUGACCGCUCUGAACUGCGUCCUCAAAGUGCCUCAGUAUCUUCCUCAAGAGCAGAGGUUCGACAUCCGAGUCCUGGGUCUGGGCCUGCUGAUCAACCUGGUGGAGUACAGUGCCAGGAACAAGUACUGUCUGAUGGAGAUGGAGAUGGAGGGGGGUCAGGGUCCCUGUGACUCCACCGUCCUGCUGAACCCGGCGCUCCCGGACCAGGACCUCGCCAGCACCGGCCCGCUGAGCGCCAUCGCUGCUCUCGUACAGCUGUUCCUCCAGCGGGAGCGAGCCGCCAUCCAGGCCGAGGCGCAGACGGACGACCUCAUCAAGGAGGCGCCCAAGCCGCCGCCGGACAAGACCGGCCAAUGGCAGGAGACGGGCGGCGAGAUCCAGUGGGUCGCCAACGACAACCACACGGACCAACCGGAGGACGAGAAGAAGGAGGACGAGAAGAAGAAGAAGAAGGACGAGGAGGACGAGGAGCUGGACCUCAACAAAGCUCUGCAGCAUGCAGGGAAGCACAUGGAGGACAGCAUCGUGGCCUCCUACACAGCACUGCUGCUGGGCUGCCUGUGUCAGGGGAGCACGUUGAAUGUGACUACUGUGAGAGAGAACCUGCCUAAAGGAGAUUUCUCCAUCAUGACAGAAAUGCUGAAGAAGUUCCUCAACUUCAUGAACCUCACUUGUGACGUCGGCACCCCGGGACAGAAGUCCAUCUCCAGGAUCAUCGACUAUCUGGAGCACUGCUAGAGAGAAGCCUCACACACACACACACACACACACACACACACACACACACAACCACCUUCGUCAUCCUCGAUAAGUGAAUGAAAAGGGAGCUUCUUUCCCCGACAUCGACUUGAGAUUAACUUAAAUUUAUUAUGACAUCAUCACGUUUUAUUAAAGAUGCAAUACGAGUCCGCAUUGUACUCUUCUCCCCGACCUGUCCUCGUAUUUAUGAAGGUUUCUCAGAGCGCUGUGUGUGUGUGUGUGUGUGUGUGUGUGUGUCCUCGGUAUCGAUGUGUGACGGGUUGGAGUGGAGCUCCAUCUUCUCCGGCCCGUCAUCAAAGCCUCGCUCCCCUCGAGUGGUUAAAAAGCACCGCAGACCCCAAUAAGUGCUCUCCACGCUGUGCUCCUCUUCUUCUGCUGCUGCCUCCGUGACCUCUGACCUCUCCACACCUCCAGCAGGCGGUCUGAGGCAGACAAAUGGAGUAUUGAUCUGUUCUGACCGAAGAGAUGAGGCAGGAGUUCAGGCUUUUGUGAAUUUAAGGUGGUAUUUUCUUUUAAGGCGGGACUGGCGGUAAACGCUGCCUCAGUCUGUUUUCAGGUCUGUGUGUAUAAUCAGAGCUAGUCGGCUUUAAAUGGUUUCUCCCAGCAUGCCGAGCGCACACAACAACACACCUCAGACUGAAUGACCCUCAGAAACUCUUCCCUUUCAAAGACCCCCCCCCCCCAUGUGAGUCUCGGCGGGCCCUCCGGACCAGAACCUGUCCUCCUUCAGCUCCUUUAAAUUACGGCUCCGAUCCGUCUGGAAAGUGAAGGCCGCCGGGGGUCAAAGGUCAAGUUGAGACCUCUUCACACAUGUUCCUGUUCCGUGCGUUGGACAUUUCCCAGGAUGCAUUUCAUCAGAGGGUCUCUGUCGGUCACCAUGGCGACUCGAGGAAGAGAUGAAGGCUUCAUCAGUGGUUAAUAACGCAUUAGUUUAUUCUUUAUGGAUUAAACUCCACAAAGCAUUAACUAACGACGUUUCAUGAUGAAGAGUGAGGAAGACGAGCAGGCGGAGGAAGAUGAAAGACUCGUUUAUGAUUUACAAAAUCACAUGUUAGAGCUUUCGGUUCAUUUUGUUUUGAAAGUGACAGAAACAUAAUAUUCGUAAUGAUUUGACCGUUUAUCUUAAAGUUUGAACCACGUUUCGUCAAACUUGAUGUUUCCGUUAAGCGUUUGUUUGUUCCUCUGGUCACACACACACACACACACACACACACCCACACACCUUUGUUUUACUUUAAGAGCUUUAUUCUCAGAUGUGUGGAAGAAUGAACGGACAAGCUUUUUGUACAUAGUUGUUGUACAUAGAUUGACUUCCUGUAGGGGCUGAUGGGUAAUUGGGGGGGGGGGGAGGGGGGUCAUUUAAAGCUAGACCGGUAGACUCUACUUUUCUGAAUCUGACUCUAUUUUUCAUUUUCUAAAGCGUUCUCUCGCUGCGUCGUUGUUCCAGAGCUCCUUCACCUCUUUGUACCGACUCUGUAAAUACUUUUAAAAUAAUAAACAUUGAUACUUUCAGUAC